AUGUCUUAUGGAAGGAUGUUUUACAAUGUUGGCAAGGCUAUUAAACAGAAGCGCUGUUCACUGAAAGAUAUAAAGGAACUUCUGUUUUAUUGUAACCCAGUUUUAAGUGAAAAAGUGAAGAAUUGUCGUGAUAUUCCUAGUCUCUUGCGUCUAAUUCAAAAUGAGUGUUCACUGACUAAUAUUGCACUCCUUCAUAGUGUAGUGGAUGAGAUGAAGAUCACUGAAGCAGAUGAACACAUUAAAGAAUAUAAAACAGAGCUAAAGGAAUUUUGCAAGUCACUCUCUAUCAGUCUUUGCUUGAAGGAAAGAUUUGCUUCCAUUCCUCCUCUACAAUGUGAAACAGUUACUUUUGUCCUUGACUGGGAGCCUGAGGAGCUUUUUCUCAAGGAUAUUGAGGACCUUCUUGCAAAAGCAUCUGGUAAACUGCUGAGGAUUGAGAGACAAGAUGUCAGACAAAAGGAACUAAAAGAUGAGGAUCAAGACUUAGUACGUACAGAAGUUAUUUCUUAUAUUAUACUUGAAGAAGCUGAAUAUAAACUAAGAGAUGCUAUCAGUAGCAAAGAGAAGGAAACAAUUGGAUUGAAACAAGAACUAUCAUUGAUGAAAGUACUAGAGGAAGAAUCAUUGUCUAUUCAAAGUGAUACUGAAUCAAUCAAAGAAGAAGAACCACUUUAUGAAAAGUUGACUGCAUUGAGCUCUCAGUUUAAUGAGAUAGAAGAAGAAAACAAAGAAUUGUCAGACAAAUUAUCAAAAAUGAAGGUUGAGUAUUCAUGGUCACUUUCUAGCAAUACUGAUUCAGCUGCUAGUAAAGUGAGGAGAGGAAUGUCUUUUGAAAUUGAUGACUGCAAAUUUUGUCUUGAAGCAAUGACAAGGCCAGACUAUCAGCCAUUACUAGAUAAUAAAAGAAUAAUAGAGAAGUUACAAGAAAGAAUAACAUUAAUGAACAUCGAACUAAUUACUGCAAAGAAGCACAAUGAGAAGAUUAUUAAAGAUAUUCAAGAUUUGAAAGAUGAAGAGACUGAUGAUGAAGAAAUUGAGUUUGAUAGCCUGAGUGAUGAUGAAAUGGAGAAUCAAAUAUCUACUUAUUUUUUAUAUUGUAAUCAUCCUGUUACUGGUGAAUUAACACAGUCAACACUUGAAGUAGAUAAAAAUGAAUUGCUACCCAUUGUACUGGAUAAAGCUUACAAGUUAAUGGAAUUAUCUCCUCAUAUUCCUAUUGAGAGAUGUCGUUUAGUUAAAUAUUAUUAUUUGUAUCAUGCAAUGGAACAGUCCUUUGAUCUUGAUGAGUUUCAACAUCAACCUAUUGGACAGAUUAUGGGUGUGGCUGGAUAUUAUGGAUUAUUCUUAGAAACUCGUAAAGAAAAUGAAACCUUUAAGAAAUACAAUGCUGGAAGUAUUAAUCUAGAGAUAUCAGUGGUUGAUCUGUCAACUGGUGAAAUAGGACCAGCUAAAGCAAUGAGAGGUCAAGAAAGUUGGACUGUUAAAGAAUUAAAACAACGUAUAAAAGAAUUACUUAAUCUCAAUUCAUCAAUUAUGAGAUUACUAGCACUGGAUAAAAAUACUGAUAGUGGUAUUAAGCAUUUAGAAAAAGAUUCAAAUUAUUUGAAGCACGUAUUCUUUAAAGGAGACGCUUUUAGUUUAUUUGGACUGCACAAAUACCAAUUGCUAUAUGUAUCAUCAGAUCUUGAAGAUUAUCAAAAAGAAUUCAAGCAUAGUUUGAUGUACAGAUAUGUUGAUUUUCAUGUCAAUUGCAUACUACUGAACAUUACAAUACCUCCAUUGCGUCCUGGACUUGAUGCCACACCCAUUAGUGAAUUAACUGGAGCUAGAGAAACUGAGAGAUUGAGAAGAGAAGGAGACAUAGUAAUGAAUAUUAUCUCAGCGAAUGAAGAAAAGAUAGGAGAAGAGAGAAAGAUACAAGUAGAAGUUAGUAAUACAAUAAAACUUUCUCAAUUGAAAGUGAAGCUAGUUCCACUGGUUGGUGUACCAUCUGCUGAUUUUAAAGUAUGCAGAAUCAAUGAUAAUGAAGAAAAUGAAAUAAAGAGACUGGACGAGACAUUAAAGGAUAUUGAAUCUGGAUCAGAGUUGAUAGUAAGAUUGGGUAGGGUACUGCAAAAAGGAGAAGGCAAAGUUCAGUUAUACUUAUUACAAGUUAAUGAUACAGAGUUUUGUAAGUUUAUGAUGGAGUCUAUUGCUACUAAGCAUACAUCAGUAAGAGAAUUUAAGAAACAAAUUAUUGAAGAAGCAAAAGUACAAGGAAUUGACUAUGUCCUUGAAUUAGACAAAAUGAGAUUGCGUAAGAAGAAUGGAAUGAGCCCUGGUUUAAUAUACAUGAAUCUUUUUGAUCAUGAGCUACAUUACUCUUUUUACAUGCAUUUUCGGAGGCAGAGCAUGUACAUGUAUGUAGAACUAUUGCAGGAGCCAGAGAAGAAGAAUAAAAGACAGACUCAGGUGUAUGUUAUAAGAUGGCAUCCGUCACAAUGUUCAGUUGAUCCAAUAGAAGAAAUUAUACUGGAUAAUGAUUAUUCUGCUAGGCAUGCUAUUAUAAAGUUAUCAAAGUUAAGUGGAGUUGCUGCUAAGUAUAUCUCUUGUGCAGAGGGUAAAUCAUUUCCCAUUGAGAUAUCAUGUCUUGAUAUUGAGAAUAAGUUGACAUGGUAUUCCAUCAAUUCAGACAAAUACUUAUAUGAACUACAUUUGUAUGGUGAUGGAUAUGUCAUAUAUUACAAAGACAAUAGAGAGACAAUGAAAGAGUUAACAGAU